GGGUGCAGCAAAGUGGCUAGUACCUGCCGGCAAUGCCGCAAGUGUGUGUCUCUAAUGCAUGUUGUUCAAGUGGGGUGCUAGAUUGAUUGACAGUGCUUCAAGGAUUACCACGAGAAUAAAGAAAGCUCGCAUGUCCUCAACUUGACUGCUAUAAGCGCAGGUGAAAGGCAAUAGAAUAACGUCGCUUCUUCAAGCAGUACCAUGGACAUGAUAAGGGCUUGCAUGUCCUCGACCAACGCACUCUUAAGGGCUUGCAUGUCCUCGACCAACGCACUCUUAAGGGUAGUUGAAUUGCAAUACAGUGACUCUUCCAUUACUGGAAAAGCAUUGUGAUCCAGUACGGCUCGGCGUUCAAAACUCGGUGGACGCUUUGCAAUCGGCACAAGUGAGGCACAUGCAGUCUCAGAAGAAGCUUGGCAGGAACAUGCAUUUUCAGAAAAAACGUGGCAACCUAGAGGAUCAUCUUCAUAACUCUGACGUGCACGGCACUGUAUUGUAUCAAGCAGGAGAAGAGCGCAUCUUCGUUAAUAACCCCUCUUGGCGCAAGACCAGUAGUAGUGAAGAUUCUUGGUUCUGUGGGAGCUGAUGGUGGCGCAAUAAGGUAGGCAGGUCGCUGUCAGCUGUAUUUGGAAGCAUACGAGGACCUCUUGUGCACUGGGUGUGAUGAAGAGCGGCCAUGGCACUCUGGCAGGAGUCUGAUGGGGCAGUUGACGGCAUUCCCUCAUUAAGUUCCAAUUGCAAUUUUGUUGGGACUCCUGUCUCUCUGUUGUGAAGCAUUGGGACAGUCAUCCAACCGAACUGCCGGCACUUCCAUGCACCAAUUUAUCGACAUGAAGGAAGAAUGGCAGUAGCAGGGAAGAGCAAUUGUUUGCGGGGGAAAAAAAACUUUAGCGGUGGACGAGAAGCAAGGCCGUCAACUGAUGAUCAGCUCAAGUUCAGGCCUUACUUAUGGGACGUUAGUCAAUAGCACAAACUGGACCGGUUCCUAGUGCAAAGGAGCAGCAAUUGGCAGCAGCAGCCAUGGGCAGCAUGCGUAUGGAGUAGCAAAUCACCAGGACAGAGUUGCGUGCAAGCACACAGAAUAGCCUGCUGCUGGAUGGAGGCUGGCAGCAACGGAGGUAAAAUGGACAGCAUGACAGAUCAGUUACAGAGUUUACAGAGCAGUCAUUGGAGGGUGACAUAGCGGGCGGCAGCAGCGUAUGGUGCUUUGCCCUGGAUACGCCUGCUCUCUUCCCACUGGUGAGAGUGCACAGAUUGAAUGAUGCUAGAUGCAUGCUGUUAAGUGUACAUCAUGUUUGCGGCUGCUGACCGCUUGCAGAAAACAGUCCUUGCUGCAAGACCACCUACCAGUGACUGCUGUUUGAAGUCGUCAUCAUUGUUAUCCAUGAUGGGCAGCCGGCGGCACGGCAUGGCAUGGCUGGGGGAGUAGUGGUUCCUUGCGACAAAUGCUUUCGGAUCACCUGGUUGGAUGUGCAUACGCGGCAAACGUGGCUAGAGGAACCUUGUAGCAAGAACAUCUCGGAUGCAAACAGCACCGGGUAGGACAUGCUGGUGAAAGGGCAUAUACUUAGAGAGAGACUUGAAGGUGGAGAUGAACACAUCUUCUUUCACUUUGCCUAUUCUAGGAUCCCCUGUAACAUGCUCAGGGGAGCACAAGCUGCUGAGCAUCAUCGCUGAAGUGGAUAUCGGCAAUGCAAUGGGUAAGGCCAUUGUGCUUGUUGCUGUGGAUGCUUCAGUUGGGAGAGGGAGGAGGAGCUGGGAAGAAAAUGAAGAGGGAGAGCUCCUGUGUGUGAUGGGUCUCUUACUUGCUAACAUGUACAUAAAACAAGAUGAAUAAUCGAUAAAAAAUGCUCGGAUGGACAGAAUACCGGAUAUGCUGUUAUCCUGAAAUUAAUCCACUUCUUUGCUGGAAAUAGGAAUUUCUAAGCAUGCAGGCAUGUUGUUGUAUUGGUGGGGGGCGAUUGGGCUGCGUGGGUGCCAGCAGCUUCUCUCCUGUAGCCUUCAAUCUCAACAAGUUCACAGCACGAUCGUGUGGUAACAGUUUUGCUGACACAUUAGUGAAGCAGAUCAGUGUGUGUGCUGCUUUUAUCCAGUUGCUCAGAGCUUCAGUUGUGUGGUAGGAAAUUUGGGGGGGGGGGGGGGGGGGAGAGGGGGGGGGGGGGGGGGGGGGGGGGGGGGGGGGGGGGGGGGGGGGGAAUACACGGGGCCCGAGGAGCAGGGUCGGGGUCGGGGUCAGACUGCCAGCCUUUCCGAACUGUUGUAGUUUCCGUCACUAGUGUGAAACUCCUUUGAAGUCCGCAUUUCAUUCCUUACAUUCAGAUUGCUUUCCUAUAUUUAAACAGCUCUUUCGAAAGGAUAUGCAUACUGCGCAUUUGUCUUUGCUUACCGUCGUUUCAAUUCUACUCUAUGCUUGCCGUCGUUUCAAUUUUAUUCGAGCUCGCCAGUGAUCUCUCUGUGAAAGCAAAAGCACCAAGGGGCGGAUUGGGAAUUCCGUGCAGUUCUAGGUCUGCUGCGUGGUGGCGUCAGGAGAGAGAAGGGGGAAUGGCAGCAGGCAUGGAAAUAUAUAGUCCAAACUUUUUCAACUCUUUAAGUUUGAACGCAGAAUAGUUCUGGAAGUCGAUAAUCGGAAGUUUGAUGAAGCUUAGGAGGAGGUCAGAGUAUUUGUUGAUUCGUGAAGAAGCGUAGGCGUUGAAACUUGCAAGGUCGUAUGGCAGGAAGGCUACAUUCACAUUCACUGGCUUUCAUUCGAAUUCGUACACCUCAGUGCUCGUUAUCGCCGUGUAGUCUGUAGUUGAGUUUCAGCCGCCGAUCAAGGUGCCGUCUUCUUCACUUUCCUUGGAGGAGGGAGUUUCAGCUGCCGAUCAAGGUGCCGUCUUCUUCACUUUCCCUGGAGGAGGAGAUGAAAGGGUUGGAGGGAACCCUUUGUACCGCAAGAUGGGAGAAUGUAGAGUGCAAUAUACAAAUGUGAAGUGGAUAGGGUGAAAGGCAGUGAAGGUGUUGGAGGACUUAUUCACUGAUUUUAAUGAAUACUUUGAACUUUGAAGCCUUCUUUCUGGCAAGGCUUGGUAUUGGUGAGAUGGGCUGGCCUGUGCCGUUGUAAAUUGGUGAGUCGUGAGGACAACAUGGUUAUGGGCAAAGCUUUUGCUUCGGUGGACAAUAGUACAGUAAGUAUCACAAAGUUCUAUGUAGUCAUGCCCUGUAAGCACCCACCCCUGUACCCCUGCCAUCUCUGUACACUACUCUCUCUCCCUCUUCCUUUUUUUUUCUCUUUUUUUUUUCUCUUCUCCUCUCAACCCUUCUCUCUCUCCUCUCCUUUCUUCCCCCCUCUUUGCGUCUAUUCCGCACUAGUGUGCACCCUUUUCUGCAAUACUUUCUUCCCUUCUGUACUCAAUUCAUUGCAUUAUCUGAACAGAAAUUCAGCGUGUAGAACAUGUGCACAGUCUGCAGAUUUUUUUUGUUAAUCUAAGAAGAACACUUCUUCCCAAAUUCUGUAUUCUGUGGAACCUCACCACCUU